GUUAGUCGUGCGUCGAGAGUCGUGGAAGGUGCUCUUGCUUGGACGGUUCUCGAAUCUCUGGAAGGCCAGCAAUGGGUGCUACAAAGGACGACAAGACGCUUUUGGGGUCUGAGAACCUGAUCAUCGAGAUGGACGAGGGGAAGAAGAAGUGGCCCAAGCAGUUCUCCUGGUACUUUGCCCCCACCUAUCUCCUCUUCUGGGUAGGGCUCUUCUUCUCCGUCAUCUACCCACUCUUCCAGGCCCUGCCCACCGGCAUCAGGAUCUCCGAGGAGGCGGACAAGCCGGGUCAGUUCGUGGCCGAAAGGGCUCAGGAAAUUCUAUUGAAAAUAAGCCAGAUGGGACCGCGAGUGGUGGGCGAUGUGAACAAUGAGGUCACCGUUGUGAAUCUUCUGCUCGACGAAAUUGAAAAAGUGCGACAGGUAUUACGGGAUGAUAUCUACGACAUGGAGGUGGAAGUGCAACGGGCCUCCGGUUCCUAUUUGAUCAAGGGCCUCACGAAUCACUAUCAAGGUGUGCAAAAUGUGAUCGUCAGGCUGAGUACGAAGAGUUCCAAUAGUAGUUCCUACCUUCUGGUGAACAGUCACUACGACACCAAACCAGGGUCACCAGGUGCCGGAGAUGAUGCGGCUAUGGUUGUCGUCAUGCUAGAGGUGCUACGUUUGGUGGCCAUUUCAGGGGAUCCCUUCCUGCACCCCAUUAUAUUCCUGUUCAAUGGAGCCGAGGAGCAACCGAUGCAGGGCUCUCAUGGGUUUGUCACCCAGCACAGAUGGGCUGCCAACUGCAAGGCACUUCUCAACUUGGACUCUGCCGGUGCUGGUGGACGCGAUCUGCUAUUCCAGGGCGGACCCAAUCAUCCUUGGCUUAUGGAACAUUACAGAAAUAGUGUCCCACAUCCGUUUGCUACCACUACGGCCGAGGAGAUAUUCGAGGCUGGGAUUAUACCUUCGGAUACGGACUUUAGGAUCUUUCGUGACUUUGGCGUCAUUCCAGGUUUGGAUAUGGCUGGCAUCUAUAAUGGCUUCGUCUACCACACGAAAUUUGAUCGCUACACGGUGAUAAGUCGCGACUCUUUGCAGAAUUCAGGGGACAAUUUGUUGGCCCUGGUGUGGAGUAUUUCAAAUUCUGAGGAAAUGUACGACACUGAGGCACACGCUUUGGGACACGCUGUGUUUUUCGACUUCAUUGGCCUGUUCUUUGUGCACUAUCAGGAGUCGACGAGCUUGGCCCUGAAUCUCUGCUUCUCCUUCGGAGCCAUUAUUCUGGUUUGUGUCUCCUUGUGGCGGAUGUCGAGGGUUACGGGUCAGACUAUGGGCACCUAUGCUGGGGUAUUUGGACUUCUGUUCCUUCUGGCCCUCGCAGGCGUACUACUUGCCGUGGGUUUUCCCCUGCUCAUGGCCAUCUUCUACGAUGUGGGAAAUCGCACUUUGACCUACUUCAGCAAUAGUUGGCUGGUGAUUGGUUUGUACAUUUGCCCUUCAGUGAUUGGUUUGGUUCUGCCCAUUACACUCUAUUUGACGUAUAAGAAAACUGAGAAGAUCCCCCACACCUACUACCUGCACAUAGUGGGACAUGCCAACUGCGUGCUUCUGGCCAUCUUGUGUUUGGCCACAACAGCCCUUAAAUACCGUAGUUCGUAUCUAUUCCUGAUCUCCCUCAUUUUCUACGUAGCAGCUUUGAUUAUCAAUCUGCUGACCCGUCUGCACUGUCGCGGUUAUCUUUGGGGCCUGGUACUGAUUGUCUUCCAGAUACUACCCUUCAUAUACCACGCCUACUUGUUCCACAUGUUCAUACUCAUCCUCAUUCCGAUGCUCGGUCGUUUUGGGGUCUCCACUAACCCGGAUUUACUGAUUGCUGCUUUGUGUGCCUUUGGCACUAUUCUGGCCUUGUCCUUUGCGGCUCCCCUGAUCAACAUAUUCCGGCGACCGAACUGCAUGCUGGGUGGCCUGGCAGUGGUCAUGUUUAUUUUUAGCAUGAUUUCCGUAUCGGAUGUGGGAUUCCCCUACCGCGCCAAAACAAACGUAAUGCGUGCGGACUUCAUGCAAGUGCACCGUAAGUUCUUUGAGUACAAUGGUUCCAUUAGUCUCGAGGACUCUGGCUACUAUUUCCACCUGGGCGAUCGUAACAAAGAGGCCCCUCUACGGGAUUACAUGAAUCUGACCGAUUUAGUUCUCCUGGGCGAGGACUGCGACUCGGAGUUGAUGUGCGGUAUUCCCUGCUACCGAUAUUGUAAAGCCCGGAAACAUGCACUUUGGCUGGCACGCGAGCAACCGGUGGAGCUGCCAUAUCCCACUGUUUUGGAGUUCCUCAACAAGACAGUCCUUCCCGGUGGCUAUCAGGUGCGCUUCGAAUUCCGCCUGAGCGGACCCCCCAACAUGGGCCUCUUCAUCAAGCCGCUGGACGGCGUGAGAGUGCUCCGAUGGACAUUUGCACCCGGCAUGUUGGACAACCCAGCCACCUACAGGCCACCGCUGGAGGUCAUGCUAACCUACGGCAUCGACAGCACGCCCAUCGAGUUCUUUGUGGAACUAUCGAAGGACAACGGCAACUUUAAUGAGCCCGUCUUCGAGAUGGGCGUAUCCGGGCACUACGUGAGUCCCCAUGACAAAAGGGACGCCCUCAGCGAAGAGUUCCUGGCCACACUUCCGGACUUUGCCUUCUCCAUGCAGUGGCCCAGCAGCUACGAACGCCAUAUAUUCUAGGAUAAGAAUAAGAGUAAUAGGAAUGCCAAGUCAUUGACACAUCCGAAUGGAAAA